AUGAAAAAUAUGUCAUUGUUAAUAGUGGUUGAAUGGGUGUAUUCAUCUGUAAAAAGCCAAAGGAAAGCCAUGAUUUGGAAGACGAGUGUGUCUGAGGAUGAGAAGGAGUUUGCGAUCCUGUUGUCUGCGGAGAGAAACAAAUUAUGGCCCAACAAGAUUCAAAACUCAGAAGAGGUGGUUGAUUUGGAAGCUGAACAAGAUAGACCUUCUGGUCCGAUCCCAAAACCAGCAAGAAGGUUCUACAAGAAGCCUGACCGUCAAGAUCUUAGACAAGUUUCUACAAAUGGAAACAAUUUGAAUGCUCAUGGUAAAACGGAUUACAAAAGAGGAGAGAAGUUGAUUGAAAAAGAGGAACCAAACGAUAUAAGAAAUGAACGGGCAAAGUCCAUACUCAUGGUGCUUCCUUCUUUACUGAUACGCUUAAGCCUCAACUAUUUUCAAAUCGAUGAUUCUAUGCUUAUUGACAACUCUGAUAUUGGUCCAAAUCUACUGAUGACUUCAUCUAGAGAUGUUGAGGGUUUCUGUAUAGGUGAUGAUAUGGCCAUGAGAGGAUUUGAUGAGAGUCUCAACAGUGUUGAUGUGGCUAUCAUCUCUGAACCAAGAAUCAGUGAGGAGGUCCCGAAUAAGGUUAUAGAUAAGUUUGGUUUUGAUUAUGUGUACAAUGUUGAAGUUAGAGGCAAGUUGGGCGGUUUGCAGGUGUUAUGGAAGAAGAAUCAUACCAAUUUAGAUGUUAAUAGAGCGCUUGAAUUUCCUAUUAGAGGUGUGCUUCCAGUUCUUGACUCUUCUCUCGUUGACUUUCUCAUUGUUUCGCCUAUUGAUGAGGAGAUUAGGAAAAUUUUAUUUGACAUGAAAGCUUUUAAAUCUCAUGAAACAUAUGGUUACCAGCCUUAUUUUUCUCGUCUCAAUGGUUUGUGGUAG